GUGUUUGCAUGUUGAUAUCAGAAGAGGGAGGAGAGAGCUCUCGAAGUGGAGUAUGUAGUGUACGAGGACUCCACGGUGGCUAACUGUAGUUAGCCAUUCCGACAAACCUUUGUUUUUGGGCAUGCAGGGAUAAAUACCCAUGUAGUGCAUGGGAGAAGAACUGAUCAUAGAAAGUUUAACGAUUCAUCACGCAAGCUAUUUUGGAGAACGCCAUUCUUACCCUGUACAUUUGCCUACGACUGUGAGGCAGUCACAAAGAGUUUCUAAAGAGAGAGUUUGAGAGUUUCUAAAGUUGGAUUUUAAACACUGCGGACUGUUUUAGAAACACAUUUUUGAAAUUGAAGCAAAUCAUUUCGGAGCGCCCAAAAAGAGAAGGGGAGGGGGGUCAAAGAAAACGCCCUGUUGCUGAAUCUUCUAAAAAUGUUAACUUAAUCGCCGUGUGGACCUUAGAGAACAUUUAUAUUGAAUAUGUUACCAUAAGUUUUUACCUUCAUUUGCGUUUAACGACAUCUCCUAACUAAUUGGCAAGUUUGAGGAGCGGCGCUUCUCCCUUCACGGUGGAUUAUGUUUUCCCCUUCAUUGUGGACACUGUAAUUCCGAAGCGAUUUCAGAGGGCGGUGAGUCGGAGGCUGCUAGGCCCACGGUGAUUGCUCAAGAACUAAAAUAUAUUUUUCUCAUGUAAACUCUUAAGACUUCUCAUAAGGCUCGUCUUAUAUGUAAACGAAACGGGCAUUAAUCAAUCGCAAAGAUGUCGCUUGGUGCAGAGAGAAGGAUGGAAAACCGGUUGAAAAAGCUGGAGGCCAUGAUCAAAGAUCCAAGAUCUGCGAUAAACUUAGAAAGUUUACUGGAUUCUAUCAAUGCCUUCGUUCUAGAUCUGGACUACCCUGCCCUACGGAAAAACAAAAACAUAGAAACCUUUUUAAACAGAUAUGAGAAGGUGAUGGGGCACAUACGAGACUUUCAGAUGAGGUCUGAGGACUUUGACAGGGUGAAAGUGAUCGGCAGAGGGGCGUUUGGUGAGGUUCAGCUGGUUCGACACAAAGCCUCUCAGAAAGUGUAUGCCAUGAAGUUGCUGAGCAAGUUUGAGAUGAUCAAACGAUCUGACUCUGCCUUCUUCUGGGAGGAGAGGGAUAUUAUGGCCUUCGCCAACAGUCCCUGGGUUGUACAAUUGUGCUGUGCCUUCCAAGAUGACCGUUACCUCUACAUGGUGAUGGAGUACAUGCCUGGAGGGGACCUGGUGAACCUCACCAGUACCUACGAUGUGCCUGAGAAGUGGGCCCGGUUCUAUACGGCCGAGGUGGUCAUGGCACUGGAUGCCAUCCACUCCCUGGGUUUCAUCCACCGCGACGUCAAGCCUGACAACAUGCUCCUGGACCGCCACGGACACCUCAAACUGGCCGACUUCGGAACAUGCAUGAAGAUGGACUCGACUGGGAUGGUGCACUGUGACACAGCGGUUGGCACUCCAGACUACAUCUCUCCUGAGGUUCUGAAGUCGCAGGGUGGAGAUGGUUACUAUGGACGGGAGUGUGACUGGUGGUCUGUAGGGGUCUUCAUCUUCGAGAUGCUAGUCGGUGACACACCGUUCUAUGCCGACUCCCUUGUUGGAACCUACAGUAAGAUCAUGGACCACAAGAAUUCCCUCAACUUUCCAGAUGACGUAGAGAUCUCCAAAGAUGCCAAAAACUUAAUCUGUGCCUUCUUGACAGACAGGGAGGUACGACUGGGCCGCAACGGGGUGGAGGAGAUCAAGCGACACCCCUUUUUCAAGAAUGACCAAUGGAACUUUGACAGCAUUAGAAACACGGCCGCUCCUGUGGUUCCAGAAUUGAGCAGUGACAUUGACACCAGUAACUUUGAUGAGAUAGAAGAUGACAAGGGUGACGUGGAGACCUUCCCUACUCCUAAGGCCUUUGUGGGCAACCAGCUUCCCUUCGUCGGCUUCACAUACUUCAAGGAGGACCAGUUACUAAGCGGUGUGAAUAACUCAACAGUUGUGACUGUGAACUCAACAGCCUUGAAAGGAGAGGAUAUUGUGAUGUCAGCCAAGCUGCAGAAGAAACUCCACCAGCUGGAAGAGCAGCUCAAUAAUGAGAUGCAGACCAAAGAUGAGCUGGAGCACAAGUGCAGAACUGCCACCAGUCGUCUAGAGAAAACCUCCAAAGAUCUUGAUGAAGAAGUGAGUAGCAGGAAGGCUCUGGAGUCGAGUCUGAGGCAGCUGGAGAGAGAGAAGGCUCUACUGCAGCACAAGACUGUGGAGAGCCAUCGCAAGGCAGAGAGUGAGGCAGACAGGAAACGCUGCCUGGAGAACGAGGUCAACAGCCUACGAGACCAGCUGGACGAAAUGAAGAAGAGAAAUCAGAACUCACACAUAUCCAACGAGAAAAACAUUCACUUACAAAGACAGCUGGACGAGGCCAAUGCUCUGUUGCGUGCGGAGCAGGACGUGGCCACAAGGCUGAGGAAGGCCCAGACGGAAACAGGCAAGCAGGUGCAAGCUCUGGAGGCUGGGGGCAGAGAGCUGCAGGACAAGUGCUGCCUGCUGGAGCGCUCCAAGCUCACGCUGGAGAAGGAGUUCAUCGGGCUGCAGGCAGCACUGGAGGCUGAGAGGAGAGAACACAGCCAGGGCUCUGAGACCAUCACAGACAUGCAGGGGCGAAUCUCGGGGCUGGAGGAUGAGGUUUGGCAGGUGAGACAGGCCCUUUCCAAGGCAGAGACUGAGAAGAGACAACUACAGGAGAAACUCACUGAUCUGGAGAAGGAGAAGAACAACAAGGAAAUAGACAUGACGUACAAGCUGAAGGUGUUGCAACAGGGGCUGGAGCAGGAGGAGGCAUCACACAAAGCCACCAAGGCACGGCUCGCGGACAAGAGCAAGAUUGAGUCGAUCGAAGGCGCCAAGUCUGAGGCCAUGAAGGAUAUGGAGCAGAAGCUGCAGGAGGAGAGGGCGUCAAAGCUGCGUGUGGAGAACAGGAUGUUGGAGCUGGAGAAACAUAGCAGCAUGCUGGACUGUGACUACAAGCAGUCCCUGCAGAAACUAGACGAGCUUCGCAGGCACAAGGAGAGGCUCACCGAGGAGGUGAAGAACCUGACCCUGAAGAUCGAGCAAGAGACCCAGAAGCGCAGUCUUACCCAGAACGACCUGAAGGCCCAGAACCAGCAGCUAAAUGCCCUGAAGACCUCUGAGAAGCAGCUGAAACAGGAGGCCAACCACCUGCUGGAAAUCAAACGCAGCCUGGAGAAACAGAACCAGGAGCUACGCAAAGAGAGGCAGGACUCAGAUGGCCAAAUGAAGGAACUUCAGGACCAGCUAGAGGCUGAGCAGUAUUUUUCUACGCUGUAUAAGACCCAGGUGCGGGAGUUGAAGGAGGAAUGUGAAGAGAAGAGUAAACUCUACAAGGACAUACAGCAGUCACUUCAGGAGUUACAAGAGGAGAGGGACUCCCUGGCGGCGCAGCUGGAGAUCACUCUGACCAAAGCAGACUCGGAGCAGCUGGCUCGCUCCAUCGCUGAGGAGCAGUACUCAGACCUGGAGAAGGAGAAGAUCAUGAAGGAGCUGGAGCUCAAGGAGAUGAUGGCCCGACACAAGCAGGAGCUGGGCGAGAAGGACAUCACCACCGGCUCGCUGGAGGAGGCCAACCGAACCCUCACCAGCGACGUGGCUAACUUGGCAAAUGAGAAGGAGGAGCUCAACAACAAACUCAGGGAGACGCUUGAAGAGCUGCAGACGUCCAAGGAUGACGAACAGCAGAUGAGUCAGAUGAAGCUCACGUUUGAGAAGCAGCUCCAGUCAGAGAGAACACUGAAGACCCAGGCUGUGAACAAGCUGGCGGAGAUCAUGAACAGGAAGGAGGUACGUGCGGCAGGCAGUCGGCGCGGCAACGACAUUGAUGUACGCAGGAAGGAGAAGGAGAAUAGGAAGCUGCAGCUGGAGCUGAGAUCGGAGAAGGAGAAACUCAACUCUUCCAUCAUCAAGUACCAGAGAGAGAUCAACGACAUGCAGGCGCAAAUAGCGGAUGAGAGUCAGGUACGCAUUGAGCUGCAGAUGGCCCUGGACAGUAAGGAUAGUGACAUAGAGCAGCUACGUAACCUCCUCAGCUCCGCCAACGUUUCCUCCCUGGAAUCAGCCAGUAUCAACAGUGGACCAGACUUUGAUGCGGACGACGCCUACACGGAAAUGAGACUAGAGGGAUGGCUCUCACUGCCGGUGAGGAACAACACAAAGAAGUUUGGAUGGGAGAGAAAGUAUGUGGUUGUGAGCAGCAAGAAGAUUCUGUUCUAUAAUAGCGAACAGGACAAAGAGCUAUCCAACCCCUACAUGGUGCUGGAUAUCGAUAAACUCUUCCAUGUGCGACCUGUCACUCAAACAGAUGUUUACCGUGCUGACGCCAAAGAGAUCCCCAGGAUAUUCCAGAUUCUGUAUGCCAACGAGGGAGAGUGUAAGAAGGAGCCUGAGUUCCCAGUGGAGCUGGCAAGUGGAGAGAAGUCCAGCUACAUCUGCCACAAGGGCCAUGAGUUCAUCCCUACACUCUACCACUUCCCUACCAACUGUGAGGCGUGCACCAAGCCCCUGUGGCACAUGUUUAAGCCUCCUCCUGCCCUGGAGUGCAGGCGCUGCCACAUCAAGUGUCACAAGGACCACAUGGACAAGAAGGAAGAGAUCAUCGCACCCUGCAAAGUGAACUAUGAUGUGUCCAUGGCCAAGAACUUGCUGCUGCUGGCUGUGUCGCAGGAGGAGCAGCAAGAGUGGGUGGGACGACUGGUCAAAAAGAUCACAAAGAAGCCGCCGGCCCCUGAGCACUUUGCCCGCUCCUCGCCCCGUGUCUCCAUGAAGGUCCAGCCCAGCCAGUCCAUGAGGCGGCCCAGCAGACAGCUGCCCCCCAGCAAGAACAGUCCCCCUAGAGCCGACGCCCCCAGGAUGCAACGAGAAGAUUCCAAAAGUGGCCAUUGAGACAUCAUGACUUACAUCUUCUCUGUGUUUCAGAUUGACUAGUCUUUUUAAUGUGGAAGAGUGUUAUAAUAUGAUGGUUUGUAUGUUUAUUUACGAUGACUGACGUUUUGCAAUAAAACAUGCAAUCAAAAGAUCCAUUCUGCAAAGUUGUGUGACUAUGGGUGGUUGUAUGUGUGACAGCUGCAUGCUGAAGCAGGCAAUGUCACUGAGCUGUGGGUUGGUUUUAGAGAAACUAAUACUUUUCCCCUCUGUUUUCUCUUUCUCCAGUUAACCUUACUUGGGAAUGUGGUUCUGGUUCGAGGUGGUGGGUGUUUCCUCCUAACACGCAAUCAAAAGACUGAUAACAAACAAUGUUCCACUUGGCAUUUCCUCCAUGCACAACUCUGAUUGCACUUCACUCUUCCAGAAGACUUCUCUAUCUAUUCCACUUCCGCCUUGUCUUUUUUGCCAGUCACUUCAACUGCUAGUCUCCCAAGAACAAUGUGCCAACACAACUACUUGUUGUCUGUGUGCAUACGAAGAGCAACUUCUCUCCAGGUUCCUUAAGGAGGGGGUGAGGCGAGGGGAUGUCGAGGCCAUGGGAAGGGGUUUGGCUUUGGACUUUUUAUCCAGAUUUUCACUCAACACAGAACAGCAGCCUCAAUUAAGCUAAACGGCAUGUGAGAGCAGAGGGCUGAGGGACUUACCUUGACAACACUUAAGAAAUCCACAUUGGAAAAAGCAGAGAUCAAGAGAUGAGGUUUGAGGUGAUCUGCCAACCUGAAUGUUCGUGGCAAAGACCAUUCUUUAUAUAAUACAGUUCACGAUUACAAGCCAUCGUAAGUAUCUAGUGCAGAACACUACGCCCACAAGGAGAACUAUACUGUAAACUGGUAGGUGGAUAGAGUUGAAGUUCAGAUGCUAACACUUACCUAAUAGCACUUCACCCUGGCAUUGCCUUAAUGUACUUACACCAUGCAGCAUGACAAUUUAUAAGAGGGAAAUGUUUAAUGCACCAGCUGAAUGCAAGGAGUGCAGCAUUAAUACCAUAGCUUGACUCCAUUGUUUGGUUGUACAUCUGAGCAAACCAGAGAUGAAGCACGAGUAUUGUAUGACUUAGAAGUUAUGCUGUUUAUUUUCUAUUCAAAAUCAACUUGGAGGGCCCCCCUACAUUCUUCAAAAUCAACUUGGAGGCCCCCCUACCAUCUUCAAAAUUAACUUGGAGGGCCCCCCUACAUUCUUCAGUGUGCUGUUGCCUACAUGCCUUUCUUUUGGAAGUCCACCCGUAGUAAGAUUUUUAUUUUUCUCCAUGGAAGAGGGGAACAUCAAGUUUACUUACCUUUGUUUAAAUAAAGAUGAAAAAAGACUCUACAAAUGUAUUCAUUCACAAGCUGAAAGUAUGGAACAGUAACCUGUAAUGGAAGCUUCUUGAAUGUUUCUGAUAUUUUUGUAAAGAAUUCCUCUUAGCACGUGGUGUGCAUCUGGCUCAUAUUUCAGGUGGAGAGUGAUGGUGUACUCUCCUUUAUUCAAGCUUCUGAAAAGCACGUUUUAUACAUAUUAAUAUACAAUAUUUUACAUGACAUACAGUGCACAUUGUAUUAUUUAUACUGCCUUGUCCACUUUGUAUUUAAAGGCGCUUCAUCCAGAAUGCAUGUUUGAUAUUGCUACAAUAAAGAAAUGUAUGUGCCUUCUGGUUUAGGUCA